UAAUCCUGCCUUUUAUCUAAUUUGCAGCCAAUUAAAACUCUUGUCUCAAGUAAUGAUUCUUGCAAAUAAAAAAACAACUGCCAUGUCCUGUAGCGUUUUUUUAGCGUAAAAAUGAAAUCGUGGGAGGAACGCGACGUAAUACCUACGAGAUAAAAGAGAGGGCAAGUGGCUUUCGAAUGGUGGGUUGCUUUUUGUCUGUCCUGCGGAGGAGAAAAAUGAAAUCAAAGUUGACAAAUUGUGGUCAUUUAUUUAUAACUUUCUUAAAAAUUACGACUAAUAAAAAAGGAUGUAUUACAAAGUGAAAGUAACGUUUCAAUAUCCGCUCAAUUUUGUAUUUUAUUUGGUUACUAUAACAAUAUUUUAUUUUUAAUUUUGUACUAAACUGGUUUCUAUAUCACUCAAAAUAAAGUCAAAGUUAUUUAAAUUUUGUUUAAUUGAGCGUAAGAACCACCCUCGAUAAAAUAUUUAUCAAAAAUUCAAAACUAUAUCUCAAGUGGUUGUACACCAUUCAAGUACUCAAUCGCCACACAGUUAUUAUAAAACAAAUCACACAAAAGUGGGAGGCCAAUUGAUAUCAGGAGUCAUGGUAACAGGAAAACAAAUUUAUUUAUAAAAACAAGGAAGAGACUUAUGUUGAAAUUUAGCUUACAACAGUUGAAACACGACGACAAGAGUAUCAAAGAAAUGGCUUCCAAAACAAGAUGGCUAUCGAAAUUGAAAAGAUCCUACCACGGUGUUCAUGCGAAGUAUUUCAAUAACUUAUCUACCUCCUUUCUUGUAGCAACUGAUCACGAUAGAUUAAAUGAAACCAACGCUGCCCUUACACUGUAUGAAAGACUUUGUAAUGUUAUGGAACACUUCUUAGCGAAUGGAUGUAAAGAAAUGGAUUUGAAUCUAACCAAUGAACAACAACUAACAAUCGAAAAACUUGUUCAUUGUGUAAAAUGCCGAAUGAACGCAAUCAAGUUUGGCCCUCCUAACGAUUGGAUGACACUUACCGAAAUUAUGAAAUUAAAACCAGUUUUUAAAUGCUUGUUGACAUGGAACUCCGUCUUUCCUAUCGUUAUCGUCACGACGACUUCGACGUCGGUUGUCAGUUUGGUCAGUGAUGAUAGUGGUGUAGAAGAAGAACUAUCCGAUGAAGAAGAGGAUACAACAAGUUCACAGUUGUUGCCAAGGUUACCAAAACAAAAAGGGUUAACCCGCAUGUCUAUCAAAAUCGAAAAGAUUGGAUUGAAGCAUACAGAACUGAUCGACCCGUAUAUAACGAUAUCAGUAAGAGAUUACGCGUCUGUGCAUCUGACUCCGCUCCAAAACACAACCUUACCGAAGAGCAUUGAAAGAUUUUCCCUCGGUUUCGAUGCGAGAUGUGAAAUCCAGAAGUAUGUGGAAAAAAUCCCAAAAGGUAGCGCAAUAUUCUUUGAAUUGAAACAUCGAAAAAAUGGAAAAAUUGUAACAAAAUGUUUUGCAGUUUUAAAAAGAAACGAGUUUAAGACGGUGAAAGGAUUUUUAGAAUUGUACAAAGGACCAACUGAUUAUCAUUUGAAAAAUCUGACCAAAUUAACCAAAAAUAAACCGUUAUAUCUUCAUUUGGAUGUGAAACUGUUGGACGAACAUUGAAUAUAAAGAAAGGAUUGUACAUAAUUUAGAAAUUUAUUUUUAUAUUUUAUUAUAAUUUUUAUUUUUUUGUCACCACCGAGCACAUUUUUUAUCUCUGUUAUAAAUGUGACGAAUUCUCAAAACAGUGAGGAAAAUCAGAAAUUUCCAUGGUUGUCAGAACUAAAAAUAUUUUCAUUUUCUUGACAAGGAUACGAUACCAGAACUGUUCCGAAGUUUUUGUUUUAAUUUUCACAGCAAGGUCCAGCAAUAAGCUUUAAGUACAAAACUUUCAGAUGUAAUUUCAUCUGAUCAGUAAAAUAUCGGGAAAAUAAGGAGGUGGUAUAUGCAAUAUUUUGGGUUCGGCAGGCUUUAAAGGCACCUAAAUUUUGCGUUACAAAUGUGUUCUGAUUUUUCUAGAAUACGUAUUUUUAAGACAAAUUUUGUAUUUUAUUUUUACAAUUUCAUUGAAAUUUUAGCAAA